AUGUCAUGUAUUUUGAUCAGUGAGGACAGCCUUAAUCCGCAUCAAAUCACAGCUGGCAUCAACUAUGUCAUAACCGCAUUCGCCAACUCCUCCCUUUUUACAACGGAGCCCGAUGGCGAGUACGAGCCAUUCAUGCCCCUGGACGAAGUCCGAGCUAUGUUCGACGAGGGCACCAAGGUCUGCAUGGCCAUCGGCGGAUGGGGAGACACAGACGGCUUCAGCAAAGGCGCAAAGAAUUGCACGACACAGACGCUGUAUGCCAAGAGUAUCGCUGCAACUCUCGAUAGACUGGGUUAUGAUUGCGUCGACAUUGAUUGGGAAUAUCCGGGUGGUAACGGAGCGGACUACAUCCAGCAUCCAAAUUCGGAAAAGGUCUCGGAGAUUCACACCUAUGCAGAGCUUCUUGGCCACAUCAAAGCCGCAAUUGGUGACAAGGAGCUUUCAAUCGCCGUACCUGGUCUCGAAAAGGACAUGAUGGCAUUUACCCCCGAGCAAGUCCCGAAGAUCAACGCCGUGGUGGACUUUGUCAAUGUUAUGACAUACGACUUCAUGUCACGCCGUGACAACGUCACAAACCACCACACCUCUGUCAAUCAGUCGCUCCACACCAUCGAGACCUAUGCUGCCCGGGGCAUGGCUCCCGGCAAGAUGAACCUUGGUUUCGCCUUCUAUGCCAAGUGGUUCACAACGGCUGAGGGUGCCGUCUGCACUGAGCCUGUUGGGUGCCCAACCGCACUUUUGGAGGCUGCGGAUGGUUCGGAUACCGGCAAAUCCGGCGCUCUGACAUUUGAGGCUAUCAACUUUGCCCCUGCACCGACCAACCUGACUGAUUCCCCAGACAUGAGCUGUGGCGCUGGCACAUUCUACAGGUGCCCUGACAGUCUUUGCUGCAUGGUAGCACCACACCGUAUUGUGGAACCGGGUGUCAGUCCGACUACGGAGUUUGCGAAGGACCUUCAACUAGUCUGA